CUUUCUUGCCAACCUUACUCUGUUUCCUUCUCUGAUUCAUUGCCUGUGGCUGUGCAGCAUUUUGACGAAUGCUCCUUGUGAAUCUGGAAAGGCUGAACCACCAAUGGCUCAGGAGAAGAAGGUGGAGGACCCUGACAGAGGCAUGGAUGUCACCCCAGCUCCUCCCAGGCUGUGGAGCACUCACUGUGAUGAAGAGGUGCUCCUGAGGCUCUCCAGACAUGGGCCAGGCCAUGAGACCCCGAUGACCAUUCCCGAGCUGUUUCAAGAGUCUGUCGAGCGAUUUGGUGCUUACCCAGCCCUGGCCUCAAAGAACGGCAAAAAGUGGGACACGCUGACUUUCAGCCAGUACUACGAAGCAUGCCGCAAGGCAGCCAGGUCUUUCAUCAAGCUGGGCCUGCAGCGUUUCCAUGGCGUCGGCAUCCUGGGCUCUAACUCCCCUGAGUGGGUCAUAGGCGCCAUCAGUGCCAUCUUGGCUGGGGGCCUCUGUGUUGGUAUUUAUACCACCAACUCAGCUGAUGCCUGUCAGUAUGUCAUCAAGCAUGCCAGGCUGAACAUCUUGCUGGUGGAGAAUGACCAACAGCUGCAGAAAAUCCUGUCGAUUCCACCGGACAAGAUGGAGACUGUGAAAGCCAUCGUGCAGUACAAGCUGCCCUUGGAGGAAAGCAUCAGGAACCUGUACUCCUGGCAUGACUUUAUGGAGCUGGGUAACGCCAUCCCCAACGUGCAGCUGGAUCGCAUCAUCUUGAGCCAGAAGGCCAAUCAGUGCGCAAUUCUCAUCUACACCUCGGGCACCACAGGGAACCCCAAAGGGGUGAUGCUGAGCCAUGACAAUAUCACAUGGACCGCAGGGGCCUUGGGCCAGGAGCUGUAUCUGGGCCACGCUUCAGGGCUCCAGAACACAGUAGUCAGUUACCUGCCACUCAGCCACAUUUCGGCCCAGAUGAUGGAUAUCUGGAUCUCCAUCAAGGUCGGGGGACUCACUUUCUUUGCUCAACCAGAUGCACUCAGGGGCACCUUGCUGUACACCCUUCAGGAGGUGAAGCCUACUGUUUUCCUGGGGGUGCCUCGUGUCUGGGAAAAGAUGCAGGAGAACAUCAAGGAAAAUGUUUCAAAGUCCUCCAGUCUGAGGAAGAAGGCGUUCACAUGGGCGAAGAUGCUCGGCUUGAAGGUCAACACCAAGCGGAUGCUGGGGAAGCAAGACAUCCCCAUGAACUACCGCAUGGCCAAAGCUCUUGUGUUCACGAAGGUCAGGACCUUCCUGGGGCUGGACAACUGUCAAUUCUUCUUCAGUGGGGCCGCGCCGCUCUCCCAGGAUGUCUCAGAGUUCUUUCUCAGUCUGGACAUCCCCAUUGGUGAAAUAUAUGGGAUGAGUGAGACCUCUGGACCCCACUCAGUGUCCACCAAGAACAGCUACAGAGUGUUGAGCUGUGGCAAGGUUUUGAAUGGCUGCCGGAACAUGCUGUACCAGCAGAACAAGGAUGGCGUGGGUGAGGUGUGCAUGUGGGGCCGGCAUGUGUUCAUGGGUUACCUGGACAUGGAGGAUGCUACAUUGGAAGUGCUCGACGGUGACGGCUGGCUGCACUCUGGGGACAUGGGCCGAAUGGACAACCAAGAUUUCCUUUAUAUCACCGGACGAAUCAAAGAGAUCCUGAUCACUGCUGGUGGUGAAAAUGUGCCCCCCAUCCCCAUCGAGACCCUGGUGAAGGAGAAGAUCCCCAUCAUCAGCAACGCUGUGCUGGUGGGUGACAAGGCCAAGUUCCUGAGCAUGCUGCUGACGCUGAAGUGUGAGACAGACCAGAUGAGCGGAGAGCCCCUGGACAAGCUGAGUGCAGAAGCCAUCAACUUCUGUCGGACACUGGGCAGCACGGCAGUCACUGUGUCGGACAUAGUGAAACUACGAGACCCGCUGAUCUACACAGCCAUCCAGUGUGGCAUAGACAUCGUGAAUCAGGAAGCGAUCUCUGAUGCGCAGAGAAUUCGGAAGUGGCUCAUUUUAGAGAAGGACUUUUCCAUCCAAGGUGGAGAGCUGGGGCCGACAUCAAAACUCCGGAGACGUAUCAUAACCCAGAAAUACAGACUCCAAAUCGAUUCCAUGUACUUGUGACUGCUGUGGCAAGAGCUUCCUUGAUGUCCUCAUGGU